AUAAACACGUAUUAUUCUUCGCUGCCCUUUAAUAUUUAAAAAGAUCGCCAUGCCGAAAGUGUCAAGCUCUAAAGCUGAUUUACUUAAGAAAUGGAUAAAGAAUGCUAAACAUUUAUCCACUGAUGGAACAGUUGUAUACUGUGACAACUCGUUUGAUUUUAGGUAUCCUCAAACCAGAAAUUCCAGAUCGAUCAACACCUUGUUACAGCCAUUCACAAGGAAAUGGAGAAACGAUGUAACGGGAAAGUGCAACAAACGUUUAUUUCAACUGCAUUUUUAUUUUGAUUUAUGCAACUUCAUGGCACAAUCAAACAUACCAUGGAAUAAAUUAGAACACCCGGCAUUCCGUAAAUUUUUAGAAAAAUAUUGUAACCGCCAUAUCCCAAAUGAAUCCACAUUGCGCAAAAACUAUUUGGAGAAAUGUUACCAGAAUCAUAGAAAACGUGAUUGAAGAACUAAGUCUUAUUCCUGGAGAAAUUGGAAACAAAAUUGGGGUUAAAUGGGAAAGUGUUUUAUCUCGCAAUCCUGGAUACCAACAAAUAAAAAAUGUUUGUUACAUUUUGAGAGGACAGAACCAAAGUGAUCCGGAUAUUAAAAUGUAGCCUUCAGACAUAGCUUCCUUGAAAUUAGCGCCGAUCACAUCAUGUGAUGAGGAGCGCCCAUUUUCGGCUUUUAAAAAUUUAUUAACAGACAAACGCCAUAAUUUAAGCAUGGAUAGUAUUAACCAGUUAUUAGUUUUAUACUGCAAC